UUUAUUUGGUUUUCGUGGAUCCAGGCUUUAUAGAAACUUCAUCCUUAAAAAAAAAGAAGAACUUAUUGUAACACACGUGCAAAUGGAGAGCGAUCUAUCGAAAAUUUGUGGAGGAAAACAUUACAGAAUUGCAAUAAAAUCUCUCGAAAUUUGAGAGAGAUAUCAUGUCCUGCAAAUAAGAAGUUCUAGAGAGAGAGAUCAUGUCCUGCCAAUAAGAAGUUGUAGAGGAAGAAGAGAUCAUGCGCCAAUUGCUGAUAAAGAGAUCAGGCCCGUAAGAAUGGAUGUGCUUAGAGAGAGAAAGAGAGAGUAGCGCUUAGAGAGAGAGAGAGAGUUUGCUUAGGAAGAGAGAGAGAGGUAAUUGUACGCGCAUAAAUCAACAUCACCCACUCAAUUCCUUUUUCGUGGUAGUCAUGGCCCCUAUGGCCACAACAUUCUGCUAAUUCUCUCUCUCGAUAAAAUCAGUAUUUUUUUAUAUGGGUUUUUACUCUGAGACACUAUAUGCAUAGAUUUUAGAAUCUCUCAAAACCAGUUAUUUGGUUUUAAGGUUCCAUUGCAAAUGGCCAUGGCCAGAGGAGUGCAAAAUCUCCUUCGAAAGAGAGGCAUUUACAGGAAUUUCCAUUCAUGGAAGAUCUCAGGAAACCAGCAGGAAGUUCCUCCUUGCACCAUCGAUGGCAUUCAUGUCUUUAGAUGUCCUGACCGAUUGGGGAUAGUUGCCAAGCUUUCAGAUUGCAUUGCUUCUCGAGGGGGUAAUAUACAAUGCAUUGAUGUAUUUGUCCCCGCGAAAAAGAAUGUCUUCUACUCUCGAAGUGAGUUUGUCUUUGAUCCUGCAAGAUGGCCACGAGCUUUAAUGGAUGAUGACUUCCGGGGCUUAUCCGAAAUGUUCAAUGCAGAAAAAUCCAUUGUGCGAGUCCCUGAUCAAGACCCAAAAUUUAAGAUUGCAGUUCUUGCUUCAAAACAGGACCAUUGUUUGGCUGAAGUGUUACAUGGAUGGCAAGAUGGAAAACUUCCAGUGGAUGUUAAUUGUGUGAUAAGCAACCAUGAGAGAACGCCAAACACCCAUGUUAUACGAUUCCUGGAAAGGAACAGCAUCCCUUAUUAUUGUCUACCUACAACUCCAGGAAACAAAAGGGAAGAUGAGAUAUUGGAGUUAGUUGCAGGUUCCGACUUCCUAGUGCUGGCUAGAUACAUGCAGAUUUUUUCAGGAAGGUUCCUUGAAUGCUAUGGUAAGGAUAUCAUCAAUAUACAUCAUGGUCUUCUCCCUUCAUUUAAGGGUGGGAAUCCAUCCAAACAGGCCUUUGAUGCUGGUGUCAAACUGAUUGGUGCAACCAGCCAUUUUGUAACAGAAGAGCUUGAUGCAGGUCCCAUCAUUGAACAAAUGGUGGAGCGUGUUUCACAUCGGGAUACUUUGCAGAGCUUUGUGCAGAAAUCAGAGAACUUGGAGAAGCAGUGCCUUAUGAAGGCAAUAAGAUCAUAUUGCGAGCUUCGCGUGCUAUGCUACGAAGGCGCAAAGACCGUUGUAUUUUGAUUUAUUUGUUUUCUCUUCAUCUGUUUACUAUUUUUCAUUUAUUUAAUGAAAAAGAGGCUGUACAUGUAUUUCGAUUUAUUUGUUUUCUCUUCAUCAGUUUGUGAUGUUUCUUUUUGUAUAAUGAAAAAGAGACUGCAAUAUGAACAUGAAAGCUUCUUUUCUAUUCAUUGCUGAUCUUUUUCGAGUUA